AUGUCUCCAGACCCCACGCAGACCGUCUUCAGCAUCUUGAACCAAACGCUCAAGCUGUUGCUGCUGGCAGGCUCGGCGCCCGUGGGCGAUCCUUGCGGCAUCACCGGCGGGGCCAAAGCGCCCGAUGGUUGCUUGGCCUGGAGAUGCCAGUGGGACCCUCCGCCGGGCUUCAAGACCGGCGAGAUCGGUUCCAACCUCAACGUUCUUCCCACCCUGCUACAGCAGACGGUCUGGAAGCCUGGCGCUCAGGUGGAGGUCGCCUGGGGAGUGGCGGCGAACCAUGGCGGUGGCUAUCAAUACCGGCUUUGCCCGGCGGGCAUGACGGCGCUCACGGAGGAGUGCUUCCAGGAGAUGCCCCUGGCCUUUGUGGGCGACAAGCAGUGGCUGCAGUUUGGGAAUGGAUUUGACAAGAGCAAUCGCCUGGAAAUCAAAGCCAAGCGCGUUGGUGGCAAGAAAGUCUUGCCCGAGAACUCGACCUGGACGAUGAAUCCCAUCCCAGGUUGCAAGGAGAACGGCGGCCGAGCCAGGUCCAAGUGCCUGGGCCCAACCUUCACGCCAGCGCCGGGUAGUGACAAGAUGUACCGCUACGGAGGCCCUGAGCUUGUUGCCCCGAACACCCGGAACCUCACCCCUCCUGAGUUCUUCUUGCGGUUCAAUUUGAACCUGAAAUGGUUGCUAUCCUUCCUGGUUAGAGGCCGCGAAGGCUCGGAAACCACGCGCAAGAACUCCACAACCAACUUCCCCGGCCAGGCUUUCUGCAAGCCCGAGGUCGAACAAAAAGGGCAAAUCAUGCCUUCCUCUGCCCUCCGGCCCUUGCUAGGAAUGCAGCCUAAGGUCUGCAAGGGCUUAGUGGUCAAGCCCCCCGCGCCUGUGAAGGAGUACUACGAAGUCUCUUUCGACUUCGGCAUCGUGGACUUAGUGCAGAUUCCAGAAGAUCUGCCAAACGGCAGCUGA